AUGAGUCCGCCAGUGACCACCAUGAGAGAUGGAGGAGCCAUCACAAUCUUUGCCUAUGUAAAGGAACUCACCCUCAUUGUAAACAGGACAUGUGUACUUUCACUUUCUCUCAAAGGCUCUCAUGUCUUUUGUAAAAGCACUUCCACCGGUGCUCAUUUGCCAGGGCAAAAGGGAGUCCAGGCUUUGAACAAGCCCCCCAUCAAUGAAAGACAGUCUGGACAAAAAUGGGCCUUAUUUACUCAGGCCAGCCCAAAGGCAAGAAUUGCCUGA